AUGGAUAGAGAUAGUUCUUUGAGUUGCAGUUGCAAGAAGUUUGAAGUGAAGGGCAUAGUAUGUCGACAUUGUUUGAAGGUGCUUAGAAAUAUAUUCAAUGCAAUGGACCUUCCUGCACAAUACAUACUGAAACGAUGGACUAAAAAAACAAGGGCUGAAAGUAUGAAAAAUAGCCGUGGGUAUGCCGUCAAGGCUGAUGUGAAACUACAUCAAAGCGAUCAAUAUAGGUCAUUGAUGAAUAUGUUUAGAGCAAUAACAAGUAGAGCCGCUGAAAGUAAAGAAACUUAUCAUUUGUCACUUGCAAAAGGUGAAGAAUUGAGUGUAUUGGUUGAAGACAAAUUAAGUGUGCACAGUUGUGGUCAAGUGGACGUCACUGAACUGAGAAAUUCCUCAACUAACACAUGCCCACAGAGUGAUGAAGUAGAUUGUCCAAUCCAAGCUAAGGGACUCGAGAAAAGACAAGCAACUAGUAAGGGAAGAAGGAGGAUCAAGGGCGAGAUGGAAAAAUCUAUUGCAAAGAAGAAAAGAGUGUAA